CGAUGCUCUACAAAAGAAUCUUUUUUUAACUAGCUGCAUAACAACCUUCCUAACGAGAGAGAGUUCCUUCAAUUCGAGCAGAAGGAAAGGUUUUCGGUCGAGAGAAAAGAGAACGACGUCGCAAUUUUGCUACUCCUGCUCCUUUUCCACGCCAGGCGAAGCCAGUUUCCAUUUUUCUUCGCCAAUCCCGUUUUAUGGUUUCUUGAAAUGAAUAUGUUUUAGAUUUAUGAUGCCGUAAGUCGGACGUCUCUUUUGCGAGUGUAUUUACUGUGAGAAGAUGAGAGAUUACAGAUGAGGAUGAUGAGCCUAUAUAGAGAGAGGUCGAAAAUUUAUCUAAUCUUUACAGCUACACAACUCUCAUUUGUUGCUCUAUAGAUGGAAUACUUACUUCAGAGGAUCGUUUAUUGUUAAUAGUUGAAUGCAGAAUAGAUCGUCACAUUCUACACAUUGACUUGCAGAACGAAUAUUUUUCGCAAUUGUUAGUUCAUUUUCAAUCAAUUAUUGCAGAAAUGGCCGAUGAGAAGUGUUCGGGAGACGACGUUCAGGCAAUAGCUAAGAAAUCCCCAGGUGCUUUUAAGAAAUUUGGAUCUCGAUUAUUGCGCAAAAAAUUCGUGGAUGAAAAUGUCAUGGAGACCAAUCUGCGCCGAUGCCUCACCACAGUGGAUAUGACUAUGUUAGCUAUCGGCCAUAUGGUAGGCUCUGGUGUGUACGUCCUCACCCCUACAGUCGCCAAGGACUUAGCUGGGCCGGCCAUUGUAUUAGCCUAUUUGUUGAGUGGAGUCGCUUCUUUCUUGGCUGCCCUCUGUUAUGCAGAAUUAGGUGUCCGAUAUCCAAGAUCUGGAUCAGCUUACUCUUACACUUACCUUGCUCUUGGAGAAUUCUGGGCUUUCAUAGUCGGUUGGAACGUCGCUUUGGAGCACGUCAUUGGGUCCGCUGCUACAGCCAGAGCAUGCAGCGCUUAUAUAGAUUCAUUAGCUGGAGGAAUAAUAAAAAAUGCAACCGAAAAUUUAAUGGGUGGCACUUUUGACGUUCCUUUUAUGUCAGACAGGCUCGAUUUCCUUGCUUUCGGAAUAAUGAUGUUUUUUACCAUCUGCCUAUCAUUCGGAGUCAAAAUGACAUCCCAUAUCAAUAACCUUUUCUCUGUCACCAAUCUCAUUGUCAUCGCAAUCGUCAUAGGUGUAGGUAGCUAUUUCUCUGAUACGUCCAACUGGACAAAUCCUGAGGCUGGUGGCUUUAUGCCUUAUGGCUUUUCAGGUGUUCUGGCAGCUUCGGCUUCUUGUUUCUACGCCUAUGUAGGCUUUGACUCCAUCGCCGCGUCAGGGGAGGAAACGAAAAAUCCACAAAAAUCUAUACCAAGAGCCACUAUGAUUUCCAUGGGAGUCGCCACCGCUACUUAUGUAGCCGUGGCUACAGUCUUGACUCUGAUGAUUGAUUACCGAAAAAUAAACAACGAUUCUGGUUUGCCAGAUGCUUUUGAAUUUCAUGGAGCCCACUGGGCUAAAAUGGUGGUCAUUGUUGGUGCUCUGUGCGGCAUGGCCACAGCAAUCAUUGGUGCUCUCUUUGCGCUUACGAGGAUUAUCUAUGUAAUGGCGGAUGAUGGACUUUUAUUCCCUUUCUGUUCGACCGUAAAUUCAAAAACAAAGAUUCCCUUGGGAGCCAUGUACACUUUUGCAUCUUUUGCUGCUAUUAUGAGCUUGAUCCUGGACGUCAAUACCCUUGUGGAAUUGAUGUCUAUUGGAACCCUUUUCGCCUACUUAGUGGUCAGUGCUUCUGUUAUCAUUUUAAGGUAUCAACCCGAUUCGGAAAUAAGAAGAGACUGUCUGGAACUAUCCCCCACGGAUGGCAAAAGCAAUAACCUUGAUCAUAGCAGUAAAAAGGUAGAAGAUUCUGGUGCCGGUGAAUUAUUAGAAAGCUUCAAGUUUAUGAAAGCCUACUUGAAUUUCAGUCCUGGUCGUCUGGUCACUUUUAGCCUAGCGUGUUUUACUGUCUUUACUUUUAUCACAUGCGCAUUCGCAACAGGUUGCUUUUCAAGCGUCGUGGAUGGUGAAUGGUGGGCUGUAGCUAUUCUAGCCGUGCUGCUGACCUGCGUAGCUUCAAGCUUCGUCCUGAUUCUGAUGCAUAAGCAGUCUAACGCUCCACUGAAAUAUAAAGUUCCCCUUGCACCUCUCUUUCCAGCCCUGAGCGUCGCAGUGAACAUCCUCCUCAUCGUCAGCUUAAAAGCAGCAACAUGGAUAAGGCUGGCGGUGUGGGUGAGCGUGGGUCUCUCCAUCUAUCUGUUUUACGGCAUUCGACACAGUAAACUAGAGACCCCUUCGUCUCAAUUAGUUUCUGUGAAAUAAAUGAAAAUGAACCUAUACUUGUGUUAAGACCCCUGGAACAAAAGUCAUCCUUCGGUGCAAGAUGAGACACUUUUUCACAAGGUGGAAUCUUUUAUUCUGUCCCAUCGCUCAAGACAGUCUUUGUCUCUGUAAGAUAAAGACCAUAUAUUAGCAUGAGAGUGUGGCAUGUUUCAUUAUUCUUCCAGAUAUUCUUGUCUAAUGGAUGCUGAUCAGAUGAACACCAUCACAAGCCGUAAUUAAUUCAUUUUCCAUUAAGAAUUACUUGUCAAAUAGGUACUCAUCUACCCACAUUAUUUACAUGGCAAAUGCUGAUCCGGACAUCAGCAAUAGUCUCAUUUGUCCUUUGACUGCUAUGGAAGUCCAGCAAAAAAAAAAAGCCUGGUUUAUGGCCAUCCGGCUCAAACCAUCAGUUUAAUCUCCAGCGAUUGAUACUACUGGCUACACACCGCUCACGCGAAGUACUUGAACUUAGAACAACUAGCAGUCAAAGGUUAUUUUCAUUCUACAUUCGUGACCACCUGUUAAAUGGACGCACAUUUGGCAGAUACAGUCAUAUAUUUUACAGGUUUUGUUCUAGAUCAUCAACUGUUGUGAGAAAGAUGCUAAAAUUGUACACAUCAUCGUGAGUUUUUCAAGUUUAUUUCUCCAUCUUGUUUAUCUGGUAGACAACAAGCUCUUAAUAACCGAUGAAAGCACUAUGUUAUGAGAAUGAAGCUAUUUCAGUAGUUUCCCCUUCUCAUCAAAAAAAAAAAAAUUACUGUUGUCGUGUGAUAUUAACUCUUUCAUGUCCUCGUUCUUAUUACAGAAUGUUAGAUGCGCUGUCUCCGAAGUAAAUUCAUUUGGAUAUGCACUUUUGAUAUAUCAUCAUGUGUUCCUUGUGAUUCCUUUCUAAUAAUGGCAAAUGGGUUGCUAUUUUAUAUAUUGUUCCUUUUUAUAUAAUUGACGAUGAGUCAAAAAAUUAAAUCGUACAAGAUUA